CGAAGUGAAGAAUUUUUUUUCUCGCUUAAAAUCGUAAAAUGGUGUUGCUCGCGAGCGUGCAAUUAAUUUUUAAAUAAUUAAAUUUGAUAUAAAAAAUGUUAUUUUAAAGCGCAAUUGUUAAGCAAAACCAUCCCCGAUUGUAUAUUGUUGAAAUUUUAGUGAAAAAAUGAUGAAAUUCGUGUGAAAAGUGUCGUUUUAAUUUAUUUAUAUUUUGUUGGCCAAACUAUAUGUAGUCACUCCGGUGCUUUCGAGUUGAGAUUCGGAUUGGGUACGGGUACGGGUAGAGUUGAAUUUGCAUUACAACAAUGGCGUCUCCGUUUUCAUCGUCUUCGCCAACGACAUCGACAUCGCCAUCGCCACCAAAACAACAAGAACAAAUUGCAACAUCCGAAAAAAGUGGUUUAGAAUUAAAUGUGAAUAAUUCGCAAUUAAAAUUGGAAGUGAAAAUGAAAGAAUCUCCCGCAGUAGAAGUGCAAAACGUUAGCAAAGUAGUUGCAAUAAAAAUAAACGGAAUCGGAGGCGGUAUCGGGAACGCUACCGUCGAGCCCUCAGAAUCAGCGUCAACCUCAACCUCAAACGUUUGUCCAGCGGCGGUAAUGGCAACGGCUCCGACGACCGCAAUCGUCGUCGGAGGAGGUGCUGAGGAAGGAAAACCAACAAACAUUUCUGGAGCCAAAAUGGCUGCUGAGGUGAAUCACGUAGGUGGCAGAGAAAAACUGUCAAAGGAGCGCGCGGCCGACCCCAACGACGACGUGAACCGCGAAAAAGAACAAGAAAUCAGAAGGAAGGUCGUCGAAGGAGAGCGCGAGGUGGUUGUUGUGGGUGCACGCCAGGAGAGAGCUGAGCUCUUCCCAGCGCCCGCUAAGGCCAAAAAGUAUUCAAGUGAGUUAGAUAAAUGCGCAGUUACGUCCUUGCCACUGCAGCAGCAGCAGCCGCCCAAGGUGCAAGCUGACAAUGGAAUUAGUUCUAAAGUAGAUGACCAAUUAAGGAGUCAUAAGAAAAAGAAGAAGGAAAAAGAUCGGUAUCGUGAUCGAGACCGAACCAGGGAGAAGGAUAGCGAUCGAGAACGUCACAGAGACGGUGGCGAUAAGGAUCGCAUCUCCAGCAAGAACAAGAGUGACACUAGCCACAGCAGCAGCAAGGAUAGGACAAAAAGUCGCAAACAUCACGAGGACAAGAAGUCCUCCCGUGACAAGAGCAAGGGCCGACAUGACGAUCGCAGUAGCAGUACUAAGCAUAAAUCUGCCUCAAAGGACCAAGAGAAGGAAAAGGAAAGAAGACGAAGUUCCGAGAGCAGUCGAAGCAAUCAUUCUUCCAAGUCUUCAAGCUCAGUUUCAAAUAAGAUACCCAAAACCCCCGAGAGACGUCGCAGCUCAAUUCAGCUCUCUCAGAUUUUGGAUAAAUCAGAAAUUUCGAUCAAACCCCCAACGAACAUUGUUGAAUGUUCAAAACCUAUAGAAAAAUCUCUUCAAAUCAAGACCAUCUCGUCUUCUUCGUUAGUAGUCCAGCCCAAUACUAUUGCGUUAAAACCAUUGGACACUGGUUCUUCAGCAGCAGUUGUAGUAGCAGCUACAACAGUAGCACUAAUUAAACAAGAACCAACGCAAUCUAUCAAAAUUGAAGACGUAAAAACUUCCAAAAUUGAUGAUUUGCCCUCUCGACCAGUAGCAGCAGUAGCAGCACCCAUCAUACCCAUCAUUGGCGUUGAGAUAAAACAGGAAACAGAAACCCCAGAAAGUCAACUUAAACCAAGUUGCGAAGAUAAGCCAGAGCCAAUGGAAGUUGACGAGAAAGUAGAAUCAAUUCCAAUUAAACACGAACCUGACAUAAAGUUGGAUCUAAAUGCAGUUAAAAUGGAGCCAGAGCUAAAGAUAGAAAUAGUUCCCUUAAAAACAAACAUUGACAAAGAAGAAGAACCUCUCACUCCGCACACUCCUUCGCCUAUUGAAACAAAAGACAAGAUCUCAUUUGAUAGUGUAGUAACUUCGUCUUUAGCAGACAGCAAUUCCUUAAGUUUAUCAAUUAAAGAAGAAUCCAUAGCCAAACCUGCAACGCCGCGAGUUCGAGUGUUGUUGGAAGAUAUGGCACUUAAUUCGCCAAUAUCGGGACCAAUGCCAGAAAUUGACAAACCCCCCACACAAUACGAUCUUGUAAUUAUACCCAAAACACCGACCACGAAGCUACUGUCUAAGACCGUUGAUGAAGAAGACUCUCUAAUUCCAAAAACAACUUCCUUAUCUGUGAUUGAAAAUAAUGAAAAUGCAACAUUUUCGCCUUCUUCAGAAAAAAGAGCAGAAGCAAAACGAACUCCUGACUUAGGAGGAAGCAUCCAACCAGUGGCGAUAGUGGCUUCUGAAGUUAAGUUAACUUUGACGACGGAGAACAACAAACAAAACAAACCGGAAACGCCUUCCUCGGUGCACUUGAAACCAGUGACGACGCCAAUUUCAGCAGCAGAAGCAACAACACCCAAGUCCAAGAAACCUGAAAAAACACUCACCGAAGUGACGCGGGUGCUGAACUUCAAUGUUGCCAACGUAAUUAACUGCGGCAAUAAGACUCCUCUGAAAGCCGAGCUUGGCACACUCCCGAGCCCACAAUCCGUCAGUUGUAAUUCCAAGAAACAACCUAUAGUUACCACGAAGGCUGUCCUCCAGCCGGUUCCAGUGCCUGUCAAUCACAACAACAAUCACAUGAUGAAAAUGCCUGAGACAACUAAGCCUCUUCAGCAGCAGCAGCACCAUCAUCACAACCAGCAGCAGCCAGGUAAAGCUCCGCACCACGCAGGUGCAGGUGCAAGUGCAUCAGCCCUUUCUGAAACCGAUACGCCAAAGGUUAACCACGAAUCGAAAACAAAUCAUUCCUUAUCAAGCUCUUCGCAGGGCAGCAAUUCGUAUUCUCGCAAGAAUAGUGCCGCCAGCAAUAGCAGCAGCGGCAGUAGUCAUUAUAAGUCAGGGAAGCAUUCGUCGUCGUCGACGAGCAGCAGCAGAGAGUGCUCCAAGUGCUAUAAACGCUCCAAGAUCCGACGAACGAGUGUGGGAACUCAGUGCAUGCAGAGUGCCCCAUUGGCCACGAAUUUGGGCCGAAUUCCGUUUAAUUAUAGCGACGUAAAUUGUACUCGAAAGGGAUUGGAAGACCUGAAGUAUGGUCGAUUCUUCCGCAUUGAGCUGCACCCUAACGGAGGGGCUUCAGUUGUGCAUAUGUACCAGAGUGAUAUCGAUUCGCUGACACCAGAGGAGACGGACGAGUUGGUGGAAGAGUUUUUCAGGGUUUGUUUUGCGGAGGACGACGAUGGCUAUGCUCAUCAUGUGAUGGGUAUAGUUCACGACUCGGCGGCCUACUUGCCAGACUUGCUCGAGCAUAUGGCUGAUAAUUACUCAACUCUGACGGUUAAAGCCGGGGUUCUGGGUCGGAAUUCGGACAUUGAAACGUGUACCAUGAGUCAGUAUAAUGAACAGGUCACGAAGAAUUAUUCCCAGGGAACAUUUCGUUAUGGUCCAUUGCAUCAGAUAAGUUUAGUUGGAAAAGUUCACGAAGAGGUGGGCGGAUAUUUCCCCGAUCUUCUUGGACGAAUUGAAGAGAAUCCAUUUUUAAAAAAGACAAUGCCUUGGGGUGCAAACUCAAUUUUACAGUCCGAUCCGAGAUUAUCAAAUGACGGACCUAUUUUGUGGAUUCGUGCAGGAGAACAAUUGGUUCCGACAGCUGAACUUAGUAGCAAGACGCCGUUGAAGAGACAGAGAACACGAAUAAACGAGUUGAGAAACCUCCAAUACUUGCCCAGACUAUCUGAAGCAAGAGAAACAAUGAUAGAGGACCGAACUAAGGCUCACGCUGAUCAUGUUGGCCAUGGUCAUGAACGAAUAACCACUGCCGCAGUUGGUAUUUUAAAAGCAGUUCAUUGUGGUCAACCGUAUACACAAAAUCGUGUAACCAAGGAUGUUGUCGCCUUCGCUGCUCAAGACUUCAAUUACUUAGUUGAGAUGUUACAAUUGGAUCUGCACGAACCACCCAUAUCCCAGUGUGUGCAGUGGAUUGAGGACGCAAAACUCAAUCAACUACGAAGGGAGGGCAUUCGCUAUUCCCGAAUACAGCUUUGUGAUAACGAUAUUUAUUUUCUACCCCGGAAUAUAAUCCAUCAAUUCCGUACCGUGACCGCAGUAACCAGUAUAGCUUGGCAUCUUCGAUUGAGACAAUAUUACCCAGGUCAAGAGGUAAUCAACGAGAAGAACAACCCCAUUCUAGCUGAACCGCCUCACUAUAAAGAAAAACAAACAAUACUCCCGCAUCCGAUUUCGUUGUUAGAAGAGAAAAAGUCGACGCCAUGCAAGCGAACUCACGACGGAAAGGUGAAAAAGUCGGACAAAAAGCUCACGGACAUUGAUAAGAGACGGUCCAGCGAGAGUGGAGCCGAAGAGAGCAUCACAAAAGAAUGCAGUGGUGCUGGAAGUGAGUCCCCGGGAGGCAGUUCGGCGGCAAAGAAAAAGAUUUCCAAAGAAGAGGCUAAGAUUGAUAUGAGAAAACUCGUCCUCGAUCCGCAUAAAGUCCACAAAAAUUCUAAAUCAUCUACCAGCAAUGCCAACUCUCCAGUUAAACAACACAAGAGUUCAGUUCCAGUUCAAGGGCCAGCAGCAGCGACAGCGAUAGCGGCAUCAUCAUCUACUGCCAGUUCUUCAGGAUCAGUGUCAGUGGCACUACCGCCGCCUCCAGUGCCGCCCACAGAGCAGCAGCGACCUAAGAAAUCAAGUAGCAGCAGCAGUAAUCCUGUUAGUAGUGAUAACAAGAAUAGUGUCAGGACCAACAGCAGCAAGAGCAAAGGCAGCAAAUCCUCAUCGGGGUCAGGAAGUUCUAAGAGCAGCAGCAGUAGAAGUAGUAGUAUACACCACAGGCGAGAUAGUGACCGCGAUCGUGAUCGUGACCGUGAUCGAGAUCGCGAUCGAAAAGAUUCAGCCUCGGCGGCUGCGGUGACAAUUGUUGCAAAAGUGCCGACGCCGGCGGAAAAACCUCAGCAGCAUAGCGUCGGUAUUAAGAAACCCUCAGCGACAAUAGCCCCCAAUUUCCAUGUCAAAACCGUCAACGUCGAUACGAAGCGGACUCCUCCGAAGAUUCCAGAACCGCCACCACUUCCCACACCGUCGGCAUUUGCGGAUAAGGAUGCCUACCUCAAUAGCUUAAAUCAAAAACAGCCCGAAAUUAAAAUCCAAGUACAAAUAAUUUCCGAUGAAAAGAUCCAUCCACCAACAGUCCCGGCGGCAGCGGUGGUGAAUAGCAGUAGUAUCGUAGGCGUGGGCAGCAAUGAAUGCACCAAAAACACACGUGAUUUGAUGCAAGUAACCAGUGGCGAUGUCAAUUUGAGUAAUUUAUGUGUCGGCAUCGAACCUCCACUUAUUGUCAGCCAUGAGGAAGAAGUGGUCGUCUCAGAGGAGGUGAUCAUCGAUACAAUAGCUCAUCCACCUUUGCCUCCACUUCCACCACCACCCAAGGCGUCGCCACCUCCUCUGCCUCCUGCACUUGCCCCACCACUCGCACCUCCUCCUCCACCCCCUCUACCUUCGAUGCCAGCAAAUAGUUCCUCUGCCACCCCAGCAGCAGAUAAUCGGACAACCAAAAUCUCCUCAAACCGAACCAAGUCGCACUUAUUGUCCUCGGCAGCGGCAAAUGUGUCAAUUAGUAAGACCAGUAACAGUGGCAGUGGGAGUGGCAGUAGCAGUGGAGCAUCGGCGAAGCAGCCAGACCUUUUAAGCUCGAUCAUGGCAAGUAUGGACAGUACAACGACGAGUGCGCGAAAUAACAUCACAUCAUCGUCAUCCUUCUAGUUUCGUUUCAAACUCCAACACCCGAACAACGAUUCCCGUCCCCCCCUCCCAUAUUGGAAAUAUAUGCAUAAUUAUUUUAAUUUAUUUCUUCACCUAUUUCCUCCUGUUAUAACCCUCCCAGAUCCCCUUCCCCUCUAGAAAAACAAAAUAAUAAAAAAAAACUUAGCCAUGUGUACAGUCGUGUGGCACCUAUCGAGAAAAAAUCACUAUCAAUUAAUCAAAAUCAUAAGUUAUUAAAUAUUAAUUAAAACAAAAAGAAAAACGUGUAAAUAAAAGUUACAAAUAAACACAUAAACACACAUAUAUAUAUUUAUAUGUAGCUACUUAAUAUUGUUAAGCGAAAAAAAAAUAUUAUAAAGAGAAAAAUAAAGAAAAACAAAACUUA